GCGGGACCAGCUUGAGCGACUUUAGUGGCGACACGGUGAAGUAGCUACUGUUGUAUUAUUGAGGAGGGGAGAUCCCUACUCAGACAGCCGUUAAUUUGUUUGUUUUCUAGUUUGCUUUGACCACUCAAAUUUACUUCGAGCAAUUCUGUUUUACGGUAAAUGAGGAUCAACAACAGGGAGUAACUACUGUAGCAAGCUAGCUUUGGGUUUGUGGGUUGGUUGGUUGUCAGCGAGAGGUCUACGCGUUGGUUUGUUCGAUCACAGUGGAAGAGAACCGAACGUGAACGUAAUAACAGACGACAUUUUUGUAGAUGUGAGGAAACGUGUGAACAAUCAAAAGGUUUCUCAGGGGUUGGUUGUGGUGGAAUUUGAUAACUACCUUUGUUCUCUAAAAAGGUCUAGAUAGGUUUUUGUUUAUACAGAUCGUCGCGGACUAUGGCUCAUGGGCAUCAUGUAGCCAGUUCCCAAAAAGCACUCAUGUUAGAGAUGAAAAGUCUUCAAGAUGAGCCAGUUGAAGGGUUCAGGAUAACUUUAGUGGACGAGUCGGACUUGUACAACUGGGAAGUUGCAAUAUUUGGACCCCCAAAUACUCACUACGAGGGAGGUUAUUUUAAGGCUCAGAUCAAGUUCCCCAUCGACUAUCCCUACUCUCCUCCGGCCUUCCGCUUCCUCACCAAGAUGUGGCACCCCAACAUCUACGAGAACGGGGACGUGUGUAUCUCCAUCCUGCACCCCCCAGUGGACGACCCCCAGAGCGGAGAGCUGCCCUCUGAGAGAUGGAACCCUACACAGAAUGUCAGGACGAUCCUUCUGAGUGUCAUCUCUCUGCUCAACGAGCCUAACACAUCCUCCCCGGCCAAUGUGGACGCCUCCGUCAUGUACCGCAAGUGGAGGGACAGCAAGGGCAAGGACAGAGAGUUCACAGAGAUUAUCAGGAAACAGGUCCACGCCACCAAAGCGGAUGCUGAGCGGGACGGUGUGAAGGUGCCAACCACCCUGGCAGAGUACUGCGUCCGGACCCGUGCCCCACCCCCAGACGAGGGUUCCAACCUCUUCUACGAUGAUUACUAUGACGAUGAGGACUUGGAGGACGAAGACGAGGAAGAUGGCGAGGACUGCUGCUACGACGAAGAUGACUCGGGAACCGAGGAUUCCUGACGACCCGCCUCCCCAUCCCUUCCUCACCCCCCUGUCACCACACCCCCCUUAAACUGAACUCAUACUCCACCCUUCGUGUAUACACCCUUACAGAUCCCCCCCCCCACAGCAGUGCAGCCACACCUGCACGUUAAACUCAGAUGCGUUUAAAAGCUACGGAGUUAGUUUGUCCAUUUGUUUCUGGUGUUUUUAUUUUUCUGUUGGUCAGUGGAGUGUUAGAGAGAUAAUGUUAGACCUACAUAUUAUUCACAUGGUUUGCUCUUCAUGGCGAAGCCACUCAAUUCUCAAUUACCACUUGCUUUUGAAUGUUCUGUCUCCCGUAGAGUGUCUGUACCCAGACAGAGGCAGGCAGACCUGAGCUAGUGAUGGUCAUCUUAGCUGUGUGACCUCUCACCUGGUUGACAGCCGUGUGAAGCCAGCCUUCCUGGA